CUCUCCCUUCGUCGUUUAUUCAGUUUAAACCAUUUGCUGGUUAAAAAUGCACGCCCUGGCAGUGUUUUUAGUUGUGGGAGUAGUCCUGGCCGUAGCCGCUAAUGACGCCUCUUUGGAUGGAGGCGUUAGAACUCUAGAGGGUGCUGAAUUGGAGAAGGCGAAGGACACUCUCCGCAGUUCAUUGGAGAAAUUGGCUUCAGGGGACGGACCCAGUUACCAGGUUGUGAACGUUAAAUCGGCGACUUCACAGGUGGUAUCCGGAUCCCUCGAAAAAUUCGAGGUGGAGCUUUCAAACGGAUCAGACAAUAAGGAUUGCAUCGUCAGCAUUUGGUCCCAGCCCUGGGAGAAGGAGAAUGGUACCCAGCUUACGAUUGAAUGCGAAAACGAAGGAAAAAUUGAGAAAACUUGGUAGAAAAGUCGUCACACGUUGACAAAAUCAUUAUUUAAAUAAACAAGAGCUUAGACUCGAAAGCUUGUGAAAAUUA